UGUAAAACACACGUCUUCCACUAACACCUCCUAUUCCUCCCGUUAGCUUUCAAAAUGACUGGAACAAGGAGAUAAGUAUCGAUGUAAAAGAGAAAUAAAGUCAUUUCGGGCGUAUGUCUACGGUGUCGUGUUAAGGUCACUCGCUGGCUGCCUGAAUUCCCCUCUUUGUGUUUACACAUCCGGGUUUCCCUGUUUGCAGCCCAUUCCCCAUUUAGAAGCCAUUUUGGACACAGAUCAGUAACAUGCAUGUAAACCCCGACCGACCUCCCGAUGCAGCGGUGCUACUAUUCAAGUGAAUAACCUCAAAAAGAGCGCUGGGUUUUCGUCUCGGAUGGUUUAACGGCUUCCCACUCGGUUUUUGGAUCCACUUCCGAUGCGAAAUGCCGCACCUAUUGAUGGACUAACAGCCCCGGCAGUCAAUUAAUCGCUCCUAUCUUUUCUCGCAACAUUGUUGCAGCGUCGCGGCUAUUGACACGCGUUGUGGUGGUGGUUAGGCUGCGGAGGGACCGGAGGCCUGUGGUCGUUUUGAUCCUGGACUGAUGUUUUGGACAAGCUGAGUUUUAAUGUUCGCGGCGGAAAGUGGGGGAAAUCUCUGUCCUGUAUUCAAAACGGAACAUGUCUUUUUCAUGGCUGACUUGUUCACUUCUUCUGGGAACUUUAUGCGCAGGGUACAGUCUAGGCGAAGCAGAGACCCGGGAGUGUGUGUACUACAAUGAUAACUGGCGCACGGAGAGGACCAACCAGAGCGGCUUCGAGCGCUGCGAGGGGGAGAAGGACAAGCGGCUGCACUGUUACGCCUCCUGGCUCAACUCCUCAGGGACCAUCAAGCUGGUGAAGAAAGGCUGCUGGCUGGACGACUUCAACUGCUAUGACAGGCAAGAGUGUGUCUCCAUGGAGGAAAACCCUCAGGUCUUCUUCUGCUGCUGCGAGGGCAACUACUGCAAUGAACGAUUCACCCACCUUCCUGACAUGAUUGGCAGUGGCAACCGAGUGAAAAUCCGGCCUCCGCCUCGAGUGCCGUCUCUGCUCAAUGUGCUGGUGUACUCCCUGCUGCCUCUCUGCGUGCUGUCCUUGGCCCUCGUUCUGGCCUUGUGGAUGUAUCGCCACCGCAAACCGCCGUACGGCCACGUAGACCUGAGCGAGGAUCCUGGACCAGCUCCUCCAUCUCCCUUGGUGGGUCUGAAACCACUGCAGCUGCUGGAAAUCAAAGCAAGGGGGCGGUUUGGUUGUGUUUGGAAGGCCCAGUUGAUGAGCGAAUAUGUUGCUGUAAAGAUCUUCCCUGUUCAGGAUAAGCAGUCGUGGCAGAAUGAACGCGACAUAUUCAUGACUCCGGGGAUGCGACAUGAAAACCUCUUGCGUUACAUCGCUGCAGAGAAGCACGGAACCAACCUGGAGACGGAGCUGUGGCUCAUCACGGAGUUUCAUGAGAGGGGCUCACUGACAGACCACCUGAAGGGUAACACUGUGACCUGGAGUGAGCUGUGUCACGUAGCAGAGACCAUGUCCCGCGGCUUGGCUUACCUCCAUGAGGACAUUCCCAGCUACAAGGGAGAGGGCCCCAAGCCCACCAUUGCACACAGGGACUUCAAGAGUAAGAAUGUGAUGCUACGAGAUGACCUGACUGCAGUCAUUGGAGACUUUGGGCUCGCUGUACGAUUUGAACCUGGAAAACCUCCGGGAGAUACUCAUGGCCAGGUGGGUACGAGGCGUUACAUGGCUCCAGAGGUGCUGGAGGGAGCCAUAAACUUCCAGCGAGACUCCUUCCUGAGGAUAGACAUGUAUGCUAUGGGCUUGGUGCUGUGGGAGCUGGUGUCUCGCUGCACAGAGGCCGAUGGUACAGUUGGUGAGUACAUGCUGCCGUUUGAAGAUGAAAUAGGCCAGCAUCCCUCCCUGGAGGAUCUGCAGGAUGUGGUCGUGCACAAGAAGAUGCGUCCAGUCAUCAAGGACUGCUGGCUCAAACAUCCUGGUCUGAGCCAGAUGUGCGAGACCAUCGAGGAAUGUUGGGAUCACGACGCAGAGGCACGAUUAUCCGCUGGCUGCGUGGAGGAGCGCAUCGGCCAGAUCGCCAGGACGAUCAGCAGCACUACCUCAGACAGUCCUGUCUCCAUUGUGACGUCUCUCACCAACGAGGACCUACCUCCCAAAGAGUCCAUCACCUGAACUGGUGACACCAUCCUUCAACUGAGCUCCUGACUUUUUAUUUCUCAAAUCCAAACUCUGCGGGUCUCCGUGAAUAUUUAAAAGCAUAAAAAAAACAACAACAAGGAACGUGAAUGCAGCUGCUAUUUUAUCCCGAUACUGGUAUUUUUUUUCCCGUUAUAAUGUUUUCAGCGUUUAAAGUCCGAUCUUACUAACACAUCCAUCUGCUGUAGUUUUGAAGUAGUAAUAAGUUAUGCGAUGGGCACAUCUGAUAACAUCCAUGUGUCAGAUCUUCAGUGCUGUCAUUACCUCAUGUAUUUCUCUUGUGUUAGUCUAUUUUUAUUACCUCAUAAGUUUAACGUUUUCCUGUCUUGGUCAUGAUCUUCUUUGGCCAAAUGAACUUUUGCUCCAAACCUCGGACAACGUGCUGCACACCUCGGAGGAACCGUUUUGAGACUGUUAGACAAAAUAUAUUCAUCUUCCUCAGGGGUCGAAGCUUCUCGAUUUUUAAACGCGACAGUGCUCUUUUAUUUUAAACCUGUGAAUGCCUCUGAACGGGGGGAAAAAAAAAGAUCAAAAACUUUGGAGCACACCUGUUUAAUCGCAGGGGAGGAGCUAAAAUGGGGAGCUAAGCAGUUGUAUUGGACAUUUUGGACUUUUUGAAGAUUUGGGACAGGAGUCUUGUCCCCGGGGAACUACCUCUCAGGUAUCCAGUCGGCCUCUUUGGAACAUUUUCUCUAAGUCGAGAGCCAAGCUAUCCAGCUAGCUAUCAUGGACGUAUUCCUGGAUUUGUUUUGUUUAUUAAUUGUAGAAAUUCAGAGUUACUCCUUUGCCAGUGCCAGGAGCAUUGAUGGAUGCUGCCUGGAGUUGCAAUGUUACACAUUCUUGUUUUCUUCUGUCUUUUUUUUUUUUUUUUUUUUAAACUGUCUGUGUGCGUGCGCGUGUGUGUGUGUGAGAGAGAGAAGACUAAAUGAUGUGAGAUGGACAGAGAGCGUGUGUUUAAAAUAAGAACUGUGGACAGACAGGUUUAUCCUUGCGAGGGCCAUACUUGAGUAAGCAACAUGUCUGUUUUUAAUUUUCAUGGGUGUUUGUUCAAUAGACUCAGUUGGACACCAGUCCCCAGAUACCUCAGUCACUGUACAUCAUGCAAGGAGAGCUCAAAUGGUUGCCUUUGUCUCAAAUGCAAUGCCAUAGUUGUACCAUAACAUGAAUACCAUACAUUGAAUGUCUGUUAUGCUGCUGUGACUAUUCCAGGAUACUCAAGGAUUUGUAGAUGUACAUGUAUUCUUUGUUAAUAUAACGCUAAUGGUAUUAUGUGAGGCUAAUAUUCUGUUUGUGUUUUGUUUUUUUGUUUUUUUUUUGUUUUUUGACCGGGUAAGCCCUCAGCUGCUUACUCUUCCAGAGUGACCUCAGAUGUUCUGACAAGUACCUCAGGCUUUUUUCUACAUAUAUAUCAAGUUGUGUUAUGUAUUUUAUUGUGUUUUAGUAGUUGAGAUAUUCUAUUGCCGGUUGGGUCUCUGUCUGUGGAGAUUUUUUUAUUAUUUUUUUUAAAAUAGAGCCCGACCAGUUGUCAUGGUGUUAAUGCUCUAUAAAGUUAAAAGAAGAGAGACAGAUUCUUGUAAAUAUAACCUGUACACACAGUUGCCGGACACUGAUCUGACUUAAAAAAAAAAACAAAACAAAAAAAAACAAAAAAAGAAAAUCAGGGCAUUACUGUUCUCAUUUCACAGAAUAGGCAAUGGAUUUCUCAGUUCCACCUCUACAAGUAUAAAAGUCAUUGUAACAGCCAGCCCUGUGACUUUAUAUAUUCAGAUUUUUUUUUUUUUCAAGAAUGGUGGUAUCUGUUGGUAUAUCAGUUCCUCUGGAUCAGAAGCUGUAUAGGAGGCACUUGCAUUAGAAGGUUUAGUGUGUAUAUCAUCAAAAACAGACAAAAAAAAAGGAAAAAAAACUGAUUGGUGCUGGCAGCUUCUGUGAUUGGCCACUGGAAAUGCCAGUUUGAACAGUAUUACCUCAAUAUUAACCCGCUGAUGUGAUGUUUCAGACUUGUUCAGUGAUAGUUUAGCCACAUUGGACGACACACACAGGCUCAUCUGUUGUGCUGUGACUAGUGCUGUGGAACGAUGGUGAUUUUUAACAGUGGUCUGUAAUGCUUGCUCCUGUGCAGUAUUGGUAAAGAACGUGUGUGUGGGGGGGAAUCAGUACAGAACAAUGUUUUUAGUGUUUGGAAAUCAUCGUUGUUGUGUCUAUAACCACAUGAUUUAUUAGUAAUACGGCCCUGAUAUGUUUCAUGUAAACAGUGGCAUGUGCGUGGUCCAAGGGUCCAGCAAUAUUUAUUAUACAGCAAUAGUCACUUGAAUAUCAUAGUUUCUGUAACUAAACUCUGCUAUUUUCUUCUGUGGAUCCGUUAAAUCCAUCCCAUCACACCUGGGUCAUGUUCUGAUGAGGACACACAUUAAGGCCUCCUGAUGGGAGGGGAGGAAAAAUGCUUUGGUUUUAAUUUGUGUGCAUGAGCUGAACGUGACCCGGGUGCUUUUCACGUAUUGUGCCAGAAAAACAGCAAUCACGAAGGAAAAUCAGCCGUGAUCAGUUGUUACCUCCAAAUGCUGUCUUACACCCAGCUCUUCUGAACAGAAAAACCAGUUACCUCAUGCAGUACCUCGUUAGUAACACUAACAUGGAGUCAAGUCUCGUCUUCAAAAAAAAAAAAAAGAAAAAAAAGAAAAUAUAGAAAAGACAAAAAUAUCAAUUAUUGUGUAUAUAUUUACUUGACAAUGUAAAGGCUUUCCUCCUUUUCAUGUGUGAAUCCUGUGAAAGCAAUUUUUUUUUUUUUUGAUUUACAGUCAACAUAUUGUUCAUUUUCUCGUAGUGUGAAUGGAUGUUUGACUGCAUUGUGUGACCUUCCCUGUUUAUGUGAAGAGUGUGUGUGUGUGUGUUUGUAUGUUGAUUGGUUUCACUAAAAUGGUUUUGAAUGGUAAUUUUAUCUGUGAGUUGAAAUGCUUAGAAAUAUAAACUAGAUGAGAAUACAUCCAUUUUUUGUAUAUUAAAAUAAAGACAAACACUGAUUAACCA